CUCCAGUUUGCUGAGAGCUUCCUAGCAAUGGCUUCCUUUGCUUCCCCAAAAUGCUGUCCAUCGUUGGCCUGUUCUGCUUCGCGAUCUUGCCCGGUUUUUCUCAGCGCGGCGCCGUGCAUUUUAUCGCCUUACGCAAGUCGAGAUCCACCUGGAUGCAUCGAGGGUGCCACUGCCACCGCAGCUCCGGGUCCCCAAGAUCGGUUGCGGGGACCUCAUGGCGGGGCCAAGGCUGCACCGACCAAGGCCUUCCGGGGAUCCACUUGGCGCGGUCGCUGGUGGCGGACUUCGAGGCAUCUGAGGAGACUGAUGCACAGGUAGCAGACACGCUUGUGGCAGGUGUGCAAGGUUGCGUGACCUGCAUGCUAGUGGCAAGGUCAGCUGAGUCUGGUCCCGAUUUUCCUGGCCGACAAGGUGAACCUGUGGAGCCUGUGGAGGUGGAGCUCUUCUGGGGAUAUCCUCGUCAGCGAUCCUUGAUGUUACCGGUGCAAGCAGCGCAGGAGCAACCGGUGCAACCGGUUCACCCUGCGACUGUGGCCCCUUGGGCUUCGGCGACGUCGGCGACGUCUCGAGCUCGUCACUGCUUCGAGAACUAGCGCCCAUGGCAAGUGGUAUUCUGAAGGGCUACCCAAAGCUUUGGUGGCCUUAUGUUGAACUACCAUGCGGCCUUGAGUCCUCGCCCUGUCGCGUCAGAGCGAGGCUCCUGGCACUACAGUGGCCCAAUGCAGGCAGACGCGGUGCUCCAGACUCUUUGCCACAGCCAAUUCCGAUGGCUUGCAGGGUGCUCCUGGAGGACACCUGGAGGACACUGGGUCACCAGGAUAUGUAGGGCCCUGUAGGGCAGGGGCCAGAUGCGCUCGAUGAGAUCGAACUUUGCACGGCGCAUCGGAAGUGUCACUUGUAGGCCUCCCUUGGAAAUUGUUUGGUUUGUGCAUCCUGGUGUCUCUGUUGGGGCGCGGCUUCCGUGGGACGCUUCUUUGGGCAAUACUUCGGAGCUGCAAAUGGCAGAAGAUGGCAUUGUGCGGCACAGAUGGCAUAGGUGGCGUAGGAUAUGCAAUGGUGUAGCAUCAGAGUCCAGUACGGUCGCCAAAUGGCGGAUGAGCAAUACAUCCAUGUCGAAGAAAA